GCAAAAGCACAGCUCUCUACUCUCUCCGAAGUAGCUUCGCAUGGGUUCACAGCGUUGUGCUCUUACACCGAAGGUAAUACAUCUCGACCUUGUGCUUCGAGGUGCUCACAGUUUUAACUGAUAUACCCCGGUGGAGAAUCUGAGGUGAUGGAGGCUCAGGCUCCGGUGAACCAGCCUCCACCAAAAAAUGGGCCGCAACAGACUCAGAGGAGAAAUGCCAGGAAAAAGCAGCCGCAGCAUUCUGCUGAAAUAGUGUUCACGAAAGGAGCAUCUAUCCAGACUGUGCCCUCUCUCAGCAAACAGUUGCAGGGGGUCACAGAGUGUGUCAUUGGUCUUCAGUAUGUGUGGGAGUACCGCAGCCCCAGUAAAUCUGUCCCACCGCACUACCAGUGUAAACUCUGUGCCGUGUACCGCCUGCAGCAUGAUAUGGUUGCCCACGUGAAAGGUUGGAAACACAGCUUUAGAUACUUGAAAAAGGUCCACCCUAGCAAGAUCACCUAUGAAGAGGAAGAGGCUGUCAAAGACCCUGCUGUAAGGAAGGCCAUUAAAGAAAUUGCUGGUGGGGUGGAGAAAACAGAGGGGAGAGGACAAAUCAAGGUGAUCCUGAAGGAGCCAUGUGAAGUACCUGCUUUCCAAGGACUCCGUUCUGCUGUUCCUAAACUUAUGCCCCCUCCACCUCCAGGGAUGGGACUAAAGGGACCACCGUUUGGUCCCAGGUUUUCUGACCUGAGGUUUCCAGGGGAGUUUCCUCCUCAGGGUGGUCCUCUCCUUGACCGCCCAAUGGGAGAGUAUGGGGAGCCUGGUUUUGGAGGGUACCCAACCAGGCAAGAUUUCCCUGACCCUGGUACGGAUUGGAGACCGUUCCCAGAUGGUAUGGACCAUCACCCACCUAGGAGUGGAGAUGGUUUCAGACCAAGUGGUGGAGGAGAUGGCUAUGGAAGGAGUGGACUGCUGGAAGAGAGCUCAGGCAGGAUGUAUCCUGACGAGUACAGAGGUGGUCAAAUGGGGGGUAGCUUACUGGACCGACCAGUGGACCGACCAAUGGACAGACCAAUGGACCGACCAAUGGACCGACCAAUGGACCGACCAAUGGACCGACCAAUGGACAGGCCUGGCUUAAUGGGAGCAGCUCCAGAAAGUAGCAACCUUUCUAACACACUGCUCACUUACCUCGAUACCUUCCGGAUAGAGAAUGAAAGUGACGCACAGCUGGUGCUGAAGGUGACACAGAAACUAACAGAUGUGCUGAUGGAGUACAGACUGAGGAGCGUAUCAGCGGGUUCAAGUCUGAACAGCAUGUCAGUGAGCUCUUCAAGUUUCUCCUCUACACCUUCCAGACUGCCAAGUAGUAGUGACCGAUACUCAAGUAGCCUCACAGGUCCAUCCAGGUACUCUGAUGGUCCAUCAAGGUAUUAUAAAUGACAAUCAGACGAUGAUGUGACACCUCAACCUUCUCAACUCUCUGUCCAGUGUGUGCAUCUGUCAUGACGUCCAAGAGUUGAAAACUUUGAUUUUAUGCUUUUAGGCAUAGUUUUUGUUGUUGUUUUUUUACUGUUGCUACACAGUAGUUUUCCUUUGUUAAAUGUUUUUGACUUCUUUAGAUUGCUGGCAGAUUUAAUUUAAUGUUUUACAUAAAAUGACAUGCAUGUUUUCAGCAGCUUUAAUUGAUCAUUUCAGCGUAUGACCAUUGUUCAAUUCCCAAUGUCCAGUUUUAUUAAAAUUGAGAAAAAAAAGAUGCUUGUUUUUUUUUUAUAAUAAAUAAACUAUUUACUUGAA